AUGGAGUACGCCGACUUCCUUCAUGGUGACGACGAUGGCAUUAUCGGCACACAACCUCCUUUGGAAGAGGUGCAGUCCCAAGAGUCACCGGGAGAGAUAGCGGCUGGCGGUGGCGGUGGCUGUGGACAAAGUUACACCAUGAAGGGUGACCUACUACUUGUGUCCUCAUGGCUGAAUAUGAGCAUGGACCCCGUGGUGGGGAACAACCAGAGUUUAGGGGCUUUCUGGCAGAGGAUCGAGACAUACUUCCACGACAACAAAGACUUCCCUUCUACCCGCAAUAAGAAGUCGUUGCAGGGGAGAUGGACGUUCAUCAAUGGUAUGGUACAGAAGUUUUGCACCCACUAUGCUAGGGCCCUGCAUUCUAGGAGAAGUGGGAUGAUCGAGGGCGAGUCGAUCGUGGAGGCAUGCAAGAUGUUCCAGGCCGUGGAGCACAAAGAGUUCACGUUGCUGCCUUGUUGGAGGGAGUUGCGGCAUCAUCCCAAGUGGCAAUCGGAGUCCUCGCGCAAGAAGCAGAAGACCUCCAUCGCUGGCAGCCCCGCCUCGACGCAGCACGUCGAGUCUUCUCCGGAGCAAAAGCUGGGGAUGCCCCUGCUUUCGUUGCCAUUCCAUGUCCUAAACGGCUACCUGACCGCACUCGCUCGAAGGAGAUUGAUGGCGGUUCUUCCUCGUCAAAGUCAGCUUUCUGCCCCCAUGAAGGAGAUAUUUGACCGCCAGUUCUCGUUGAAAGAAAGGAUUGAGAAGGAUAGGGUAGAGAGGUUUGCUGAGAUGAUGAAUGUGGAGCGUCAGAGGCUCAGGUUUGAGGAGGAGCGUAUGCAAAUGGAAAAGGUAAAUCAGAAGAUGCUCAUAGUGAACAUGGAUCAUUCCCAAAUGGAUGAGGACUAG